CACACCACAUUGUUCCAGUCCAGACUCUAGUCUAGGGAGGUCCUGGAAAUGGAUCAAGGUGGGGACAUAUACAAGGCGAGCAACAGCCUGCGCAGGGCCGGCAGCUCCUCGGUAUGGAGGGACAACACCAGGAUGGACGUGUUCUCGAUGUCAUCCUCAAGGACUGAGGACGACGAGGAGGCCCUCAGGUGGGCUGCCCUCGAGAAGCUCCCGACCUUCGACCGUCUCAGGAAGGGGAUCCUAACGACCUCCCAUGGGGUAGGGAAUGUGAUCGAUAUAAGCCACCUGGGGUUCCACGAGCGGCGCACCCUCAUCGAGAGGCUCAUCAAUGUUGCAGUGGAGGACAAUGAGAGGUUCCUGUUGAAGCUCAAGGACCGUCUCGACAGAGUCGGGAUCAAUCUUCCAACCAUCGAGGUCCGAUAUGAGCAUCUGAAUGUGGAGGCGGAGGCCCAUGUCGGAAGCAGAGCUUUGCCCACUUUCUUCAACUUCAUCCUUAACAUAGUUGAGGGAUUCUUGAAUUUCCUGCACAUACUUUCUAGUAAAAAGAAGCAGAUAACAAUCCUUCAAGAUGUUAGUGGAAUCAUCAAACCUGGAAGAAUGACCCUACUACUGGGUCCUCCUAGUUCAGGAAAGACGACUCUCUUGUUGGCUUUGGUGGGGAAGCUCGACUCUGAAUUAAAGACUUCUGGAACGGUGACAUACAAUGGGCAUGCUAUGAAUGAGUUUGUGCCCCAGAGAUCAGCUGCAUACAUCAGCCAACACGACCUCCACAUCGAAGAGAUGACUGUCAGAGAGACUCUGGCCUUCUCGGCUCGAUGUCAGGGUGUCGGGACCCGUUACGAUAUGUUGGUAGAGUUGUCUAGGAGAGAGAAGGCAGCCAAUAUAAAACCCGACCCUGACAUCGAUAUUUUCAUGAAGGCAGCAGCAACAGAAGGCCAAGAGACCAAUGUGAUUACAGAUUAUGUACUCAAGAUUCUUGGAUUGGAGGUGUGUGCAGAUACUAUGGUCGGGGGCGAUAUGCUGCGGGGUAUUUCAGGUGGACAAAGAAAGCGUCUUACCACAGGCGAAAUGCUUGUGGGACCGGCAAAGGCGCUGUUUAUGGAUGAGAUAUCAACUGGGCUCGACAGCUCCACGACCUACCAGAUCAUCAACUCGCUCAAACAUAUGGUUCACAUCCUCAACAGGACUGCUGUAAUAUCUCUGCUCCAGCCUGCUCCCGAGACGUACGAUCUGUUCGAUGAUAUUAUCCUAUUAUCGGAUGAUCGGAUAGUGUAUCAGGGCCCAAGGGAGCUGGUCCUAGAUUUCUUUGAGUCCAUGGGAUUCCAGUGCCCUGAGAGGAAAGGAGUAGCCGAUUUUUUGCAGGAAGUGACAUCCAGGAAGGAUCAACAGCAGUAUUGGGCCCGAAAGGACAAGCCUUACCAUUUCAUUACAGUUCAGGAAUUUGUUGAGGCAUUCCAGUCGUUCCAUGUGGGAAGAAAGCUCCGGGAUGAGCUGUCAGUUCCAUACGACCGGAGCAAGAACCACCAUGCUGCUCUGGCGACCCGAAGAUACGGCGUCGGGAAGAAAGAACUCCUGAAGGCAAACAUUUCAAGAGAGUACUUGCUGAUGAAGAGGAACUCAUUUGUUUACAUCUUCAACCUCAUCCAACUUGCGAUUAUGGCAUUUAUUGGGAUGACUGUUUUCCUGAAGACCAAUAUGCACCGAAACACUAUACUCGAUGGAGGGGUUUACACUGGAGCUCUGUUCUUAUCGGUCACAGUGAUCAUGUUCAAUGGCAUGUCCGAGCUCUCAAUGACGCUUGCAAAACUACACGUCUUCUACAAGCAAAGGGAUCUACUCUUUUUCCCUGCAUGGUCUUAUGCUCUUCCAACGUGGAUCCUGAAGAUCCCCAUCGCAUUCAUGGAAGUGAGUGUCUGGGUUUUCAUUACUUACUACGUGAUUGGGUUCGAUCCCGAUGUUGGAAGGUUGUUCAAGCAGUAUCUUCUACUAAUACUUGUCAAUCAGAUGGCUUCAGCGCUGUUGCGAUUUGUUGCAGCAAUGGGAAGGAACGUCACUGUUGCCAACACAUUUUCUACCUUUGCUUUGAUCACUCUCUUUACUCUAGGUGGAGUGGUCCUCUCCCGAGAGCAAAUGAAGAGAUGGUGGAUGUGGGGCUACUGGUUAUCGCCCAUGAUGUAUGGGCAAAACGCGAUUGUUGUGAACGAGUUCUUGGGGAAGAGUUGGAGCCAUAUACCUCCGAACUCAACCGAACCAUUAGGCAUCCAAGUCCUCAAAGCACGCGGCUUCUUCCCCCAUGCCUACUGGUACUGGAUUGGAGUUGGGGCUUUGUUCGGAUUUGUGAUAAUUUUCAACUUCGGCUUUUCGAUCGCUCUCGCUUAUCUUAAACCAUUCAGAAAUUCACAGGCAGCUAAGUCUGAUAAUACUGAAACCGCCGGAGGAGUGACUGGCUUGUCAGCUCGAGGAGAAAAUCGGGAAGAGAGGAGAGUGAGCAGACAUUCGUCGAGCUCUUCAUCUACCAUGCCCACAACAGCUUCAAAUGUAAACGGGAGAAGAGGAAUGGUUCUCCCCUUCGAGCAGCACUGCAUAACCUUCGAUGAAAUCAAAUACUCCGUUGAUAUGCCUGAGGAAAUGAGGGGUGAGGGUGUUAUGGAGGACAAGCUGGUGCUCCUGAAAGGAGUGAGUGGUGCUUUCAGGCCAGGAGUUCUAACGGCUUUGAUGGGCGUCAGUGGUGCCGGUAAGACUACCCUUUUGGACGUUUUGGCCGGUAGAAAGACUGGAGGAUACAUAGAGGGCAACAUCAGCAUUUCUGGGUAUCCGAAAAAGCAGGAAACUUUCGCUCGAAUUGCUGGUUACUGUGAGCAGAACGACAUCCAUUCCCCUCAUGUGACAGUCUAUGAAUCACUGCUUUACUCUAGCUGGCUUCGUCUUCCAUCCGACGUCAACAGCAAGACCCGGAAGAUGUUUAUAGAGGAAGUAAUGGAGCUUGUGGAGCUUAAUCCAGUGAGAAAUGCAUUGGUUGGACUACCCAGUGUGGAUAGUCUCUCAACAGAACAAAGGAAAAGGCUUACGAUAGCUGUCGAAUUAGUGGCAAACCCAUCCAUAAUCUUCAUGGAUGAGCCCACCUCAGGACUUGAUGCCAGAGCUGCUGCCAUUGUAAUGAGAACUGUCAGAAACACCGUGGACACGGGAAGAACGGUCGUCUGCACGAUCCAUCAGCCGAGUAUCGACAUCUUUGAAGCCUUUGAUGAGCUUUUCUUAAUGAAGCAAGGAGGGCAAGAAAUAUACGUUGGUCCAUUGGGUCGUCACUGUAGCCAGCUAAUAAAGUACUUCGAGGGAAUUGAAGGGGUUAGCAAAAUUAAAGACAGGUAUAACCCAGCAACAUGGAUGCUCGAAGUUACGACCUCAGCACAAGAGAUGGCUCUGGGAGUCGACUUUGCCGAUUUGUAUAAACAAUCAGAUUUGUACAGGAGGAACAAGGCAUUAAUUAACGAACUGAGUGUGCCUGCUCCCGGUUCGAAGGACCUCUACUUCCCUACACAAUAUCCGCAGUCAAUGUUCACACAGUUCAUGGCCUGUCUGUGGAAGCAGAGCUGGUCUUACUGGAGGAACCCGCCUUACAAAGCUGUUCAGUUUCUCUUCACGACCCUCACCGCUCUUAUGUUUGGGACGAUGUUCUGGGACCUUGGAACCCAAAAGAAGACGCCGCAAGAUCUCACCAAUGCGAUGGGUUCAAUGUACACUGCUGUUAUCUUCCUUGGUGUCCUGAACUGCUAUUCAGUGCAGCCUGUGGUGGCGGUUGAAUGGACAGUCUUCUAUAGGGAACGAGCCGCAGGAAUGUACUCACCCGUGCCAUAUGCUCUAGCACAGGUUCUGAUUGAAAUCCCAUACAUCCUCGCUCAAGUAGUUACAUAUGUGUUGAUAGUGUAUGCCAUGAUUGGAUUUGAGUGGAUAGGAGCCAAGUUCUUUUGGUACCUCUUCUUCAUGUACUUCACAUUGCUCUACUUCACCUUCUUUGGCAUGAUGACCGUGGCCGUGACACCGAAUCCCCAUAUCGCUGCCAUUGUCUCCAGCUUCUUCUACGGGUGGUGGAACCUCUUCGCUGGAUUCAUCAUCCCACGAACGAGGAUCCCGAUUUGGUGGAGAUGGUACUAUUGGACAUGCCCCGUCUCUUGGUCCUUGUACGGUCUGGUCGCAUCGCAGUUCAGUGAUAUAAAGGCCCCCCUCGACAAUGGCCAAACUGUGCAGGACUAUGUUAGAGAUUAUCUCGGAUACAGGCAUGUUUUUGUCGGAGUGGCUGCAGCUGUGGUUGUCGGAUUUACCAUUCUGUUCGCAUCAUCUUUCGUGAUAUCGACUAAGGUGUUCAAUUUCCGGCAGAGAUAAGAAAAAAAUCUAGCUGUUAGAUAGGGAAUUAGUCUAGCGCUGUAAUAGUUUCCGGAGUUAUGCAAAUAUUACUUGGGAAAAUAGAUGAAAACAUGAUGAAUAUACUGGACAAGCAAUGGCAAGCUUUGUUCAUGCCCAGUCAUUGAAUUCGAUUUCUCUAAUGUCAUCUUGUAUCAAUAUAUGAACUCAAAUGCUCUGUGGAAGUAUUAAUUGACAUUCAGCUCUC